CGCCCAGUAGUCCAUCGCCUACUCUUGUGCCAGUGGGUAGCCUCUCUCCUUCUCUUUCGCCCACCCUGGACGUUGCUCCCAGCAGUCCAUCGCUAGUCCCCGGCCCGGCCGCCAGCACGGCGCCGCUGUCCGGCCCGAGUCUGGUACCCCCGACCAGCAGUUUCACCGGAAUCGACAUCAUGUGGGACGUGAUUCAGCCUAGCUCGCUUGCGUACUACACGGUGCAGCUGAGGAUCAAGAACGCUGAGCCUUACAGAAACAUUCUGCCCAAGGACUACAGCUGCCCGUACGACGAAGAGAAGCCGAACAGCGGCUGGUGUUUGAAAUGGGACUGGAACCACAACGAGUACAUCUCCUCGGCCGAGGGUUGCACGACGACGAGUAAGGGAAACUGCGAGGCGAUGGUGAACGUCACAGCCAUGGCGAACGUGACGCAGGCGCAAUCGUGCGACAGGGCGCCGACAGUGAUGGACGUGGCGCCGAGGUACGGUGCCUUAGCGCCGGCAGCUCUCGAUCCUCGGGCGUCGGUUGUUAAAGCGAGGCUUGUCAUCGGUAAGCAGCAGUCGGACUGGAAUACCACCGGUGGAUUUUACAUCCCGACCAACUUUUCCAUCGGCUUGCCGAAUCACAAGUGCAGCACGCCGGUGAUGCUCGGGGAUCCGAGCAAGUUGCCCUCCUCGGAGGGAAGUAGGAAGAUGAUUUCCGCGUUGAAGAGCUGGUCCGUCUCUUGCGGGCCUAUUCCAGACGUCGUGGAGCCGAAGACUUGCUGUGUCUCUCUCUCCGGCAUCUACAACCGGACGUUGGCCCCCUGCAUGGCCUGCGCCUGUUCCCAGCUGUCGCCGUGUAACGGCGCCAACCCGCCGUGCGAGACGACCCUGCCCGCGAUUCCCCAGCCGGCGUUGGAUGCUGUUCUAUCCUCCACCAAGAACAACUACACUCUCCCCGACGUGCCGAGGCAACUUCUCCCCCGCCAGUGCAAGUCCGGAUGCGGGCAGCAGGUACACUUCCAUUUGAGCAGGAUCGAGGGUGACACCUGGACGCUAGACGCGCGAGUGGAUAACGUUCUGCCCAUAGAUUUGGUUAAUUGGAUGGUGGUUGUGAAGUUUCAUCGCAACGUGUCGCGAGCGCUGAUGGUAGUUCACUCCGUCAAUAGCACGGUUGCUGAUGACGACGGCACGAUCGCGUUCUUCGGGUUCAAACACUACAACGAGGUGCUAAGGACGGGAGGCGGCAUAACCUGGCAAAUGGUGUUUAACGUCUCGACUUUGCUGGCGUAUUAUCGGCAUGUCGAUCCCUCCCUGCUCGACCCAACGCAGAAAGAGACCCCCGAGGAGGAGCUCGCUACUCCUGUGUUUGGCUGUCUGGCAUCAAACUUAGAGUUGGACCCCACCGGACGGCGGCUCGGAAAAAACAAGGCGCCGGAUUGUUUUGGAGACCCCACUGGUGAUGGAAAGAGGUGUGGAAAGCCUCUUUGGAAAGGUUUUCCAGACCCGACCGAUGAUGGAAAGGGGUUGCCGAAAUGCUGACGGGGCGUUUCUGCACGGUCGGCGGUCUGGAAAAUUGAGGGCAAGUUCGGGCAUUCCUUUUCCAAAGAGGGCGUCCAGCUGACUAGGGGGGGGGCCAUGUUCUCCGAUGGCAUCGGAGGAGAUGAGAGUGUGGUCCAAUCGACGGUUCAGGGGGCGUUUUGUGAUGGACAGUCCUUACCAAACUUACCUAUUCGGGACGGACGAUGUCUGGUUUUCCUUUUCGGGGAGGUCGUGCCGUUUCCAGUGCCCGUUUUUGCGGCGGCGAUGGGGUCCCAAGGAAAUCUGGUACAUGCUUUCCAGACUCAGUCGGCCGUUUUCUGUGGCCAUACUGCUUUUCCAGCCGCCGGCCAGUGGGGUCCACCUCUUAUUUCCUUCUUUGGGCAAUGAAUGCAUUUGGCUAUC